AUGGGAAGCAGACUGAUUUCACUCCAAAAUUUCAAAUACUUUUGGUAUCACAUCACCUCGCUCAAACUUUCAACUUAUUUGCUGCGUUUCAUUACCCUCCCAGCACCUCCACUUCCACUUUCAGCAUCCACCUAUCGUAUCGUUAGGCCCCAAGCCCUAGUCACUUCCUCGCUCCGCCCCAUCACAACGGCGCUCCCUAAUUUACCUCCAGAGAAAACUAUAUGGGCGAGUCGCCAUGCUUCUGCUCACCGCAGGGGUGUGGCUUCGUCUCAGCAACAAGAGGAAGUCAAGCGGCGUAUCCAUUGUUCAGGCCUGGAGCAGAUGGAUGAAAUUAUAACUAGAUCUAGAGGUAAAUGUGGCCUGUCUAGUGGACACUAUUCUUCCCGUUUGCGUACUACUAAGACGUCAAAUUCUUCCUCGACGAAAGUAGCAAUCCAUUCCACUGUUUCAUCUGGGGUCGUCGUGAGAACUAACUGUAGUGGCACCAUCGACGCUAACGCUUCAACGGCCACCAAAACUUCAGCAAAACAAGAAAAGCCCAUCUUUAUUCGAGCCAGACUGGAUUCAUUCCUCUCCAAAAUUGCCAAUACGCCGGAUUCUACUAAUGAUUCUCAAUCCAAACGGUCUUUCCUAGCGGCCGCUACUAUUUCUAAUUCCUCUGCAAAUACCGCCAUCACGAUCACUCCUACUGCAUCUAUAAUGUCCGACUCAUCACGUUCGGUCAGCUUAUGCGAUUCGCAAGAGCGCUUGGAUCCGACGCACGUUCUUCAGACCACAAAUCGAUCGAUAGCCGAUAUGGAUGAAGUUGUCCCAACCGUCGAGUCUCCCACUAGCCAUUCGAUCCUCUCGCAUUCCCCCAUCUCCCCCGUUGUUUCUACGGCUUCUUUACCCGACAUGACGUAUGUGGAUCUAUUGCAGCGUCCGAGUGCCAUGAGCAUUUUAAGUGAGCUAGUGACUGGAACUAUAGCUAGUCAGCCAGCGGGCAAGUCAUUCAACGUAUCUUCCGCCAACCAAAAAAUCACUCUGAUCGAUGGCAUUGACACAUUACCAUUUCCAACUCCACCCUCUCCAGCAUCAUUUUUGGUCUCUUCAAGGACAAGUACGGCACAACAACCGUCGAAAAUCCCCUCUGAGACAACGGCACCCCAAGUCGAAAUUGAGACCAAGAAUUCCUGUGUCCCAAAAAUGCUUAUGGUCGACACUUCACUCUCUGGUCAAUCGGCAUUGUUCGAUUCUAUCGUAAACAGCAAGCAUCUUCCCAGACCCACUAGCGUCGACUUAUCUAGUUUACGCUCAGUCAAUCCGGUCCUUCACGUUGACGGCCAUCCCAAUGAAUCUAAGAUCAUGAUUUCCAAUCAAUCUAACCAGCUGGAUACGGCUUUAGAAAGUGUCGAAAGUGAGCUGGCUUCCCAUAAAGACUCUUACUCAACUACAAUUACUGCAACAAAUGCAAUCACAUCAGCAUGUACUCAUCCUACUACUAAAAUAGCCACCUCUACUUCUAAGACAUAUACCAUUUCCAACUCUAGUAGUACUGCUAGUCUUCAGAAUGCUACUGCUCACCAUAACCUCUCGCAUAUCGUCAGAACGCGCCGUAUGCGACGGUCACGAUUGAGAUUAUCUCAAAAAGCAUGCAGCUCUAUGGAAAAUCAUCAGCCCGGCUCAUAUUUCGGUAAAUGCAUCCGCCGAGUCAAGUCUUGCUUAGCGCCUGGUCUUGCUGCUUAA